UUCAAAUACCAACACCAGCACUAACAGUGACUGGGUUCUCCGUUCAGCCUGCUGUAACAAUGUAUCAGCCUGCUGUACCAGUGUUUCGACCUGCUGUAACGGUUGUUCAGCCAACUGUACCAUUGGUUCAGUCCACUGUGGUCAUGAGUCAAAUGCCAGUUGCUAUUGUACCAGAUUACUUGGGCUACUCCAUCUUUACCAUGCUGUGCUGCUGUUUACCUCUGGGCAUCGUUGCUAUCAUCUUCUCAUGCAAUGCUCGAGAUGCUAACUUUUCUGGACAGCGAGAUUUAGCGAUGAGCCACUCCAGAGUGGCAUUUAUCCUGAACAAUGUGUCUGUCGGUAUCGGCCUCGCUAUCAUGACAAUGAUCCUUAUCAUUUGUUUGAAAUAUGCUUGAACAACAUCUUUGAACAGAUGUUUUAUUCUGCUUCAAAUGCAUCUACUCUUUCUGUCAAUGAUAAUGUCAACUCAAGUCAAUGAUUUUGCGGAAGAAAUGAAAAAUAUU